CCGAACCAUUACGUUUUCCAAGCGACUCUGAAGAUGGACAGCUGGCGACUCAUAGGCUUCCUCCUCGACGAAAUCUCGCGUGGUUCAAACCAUGGAUAUUCCUCUGCUCGACACAUCUCUCAGGCUGGUCGGGAAUACAGUCGUCUCGUGUUGGUCGAAUGUUUCGGAGAUGCGUUGUCCAGCAUUGAAGCGAGGGUGAGUUUUAGAUCGAUAAAACAUGUGGAAUGGAGCGCGAUCGCGCCGCAGUGCGGCUGAUAUAUAUUUGAUAUUCGUUUUUAUGAUAAAUGUUGCAACGUCUUUGCCAUUCCACCUCCAAGAUGCAGCACCAACAACUUUCUGCCAAUCCGCCCUCUCCUGUUGGUUCUUCAUUUCGUGUCGGGGACUGGAUCUGUCAUAAUCCAAGGUGUUCAACCCACAAUUUCAAGAGAAAUCAGCUCUGUAUCGGAUGUGGAACCCGUCGCGCCAUAUCUAUCUCUCAACCCACUUCUCCCAUUCCUCCUCGACUCCAAAACCAAGUCCAGCAGGACACUCGAUAUCAUUACGCUCAGCCCAAUCCACCCACACCGCAACCUUCUGCUUCACGUCCCAUUCUCACUCCCUCGGGUCGAGCUUUCGCCAUCGGUGGUCGCGUCCAGAACAUUUCUUCAGAUCCCCUGAACCCUUGCAUCAUGUAUUGGCCAGAUAAUGAGCCGUUCCCGGAGCAGGGUCAAAUUCGUCCUAGUAACGUGGUCGGCGUCGCCUACCCUCCCAUCGUCAAUACCGGUAACCGUGGACCGAUUGCUCAUCAAUCGGGCGACUGGAUUUGCAAGAAAUGUAAUUACCUGAAUUGGAGAAGAAGAAGAGUUUGUCAGACAUGUCUACCUUACGCUGAAGGAAACGGGGAUUCCAUUUCCUCAGUCCAGGCAGAACGUAUCGCUCUUCUCACUUCCAUACUCGCGCAAACUUCCAUCUCUCCACGUUCUCAGCCUACCACCACCAUCACCAUUCCUCCGAGACGCAGCCAGAGUGUAACGUCACCCCGUCAAUUUGACCGCUACGAGCACCCGGACCACUCCGACAGCCUCCAAUGCCUUCGUCAGCGGCAUAAAUCUCAAUCUCACCCUGGUUUAGGUGAUGCUCGUCCUAAAUCCCUGUCCGCCGAAUCAUUAUCAUUCUCGACCCCGAUGAAAGUCCUCGACCCUUCUCUCCUUCUCCGGCCCAUCACCUUACCAUUCCACAAAGACCACCACAAAGAGACGACGAUGGCUCCUCCUCCACCUCUUCUCCCCCGCUUCCUCCAAGAGAUCGUCUCAUCGCCAAGCGAUUCCUACUUUUCCGAGCUGAGUGACUCUGAGGUUGACGGUUCGCCUUUGUCUCCCCUGUCAUCAGCCUCGCGGUUCAGUAGCUGGAACAUGGAGAGGAUCAUCUAGACGCAAGAGGAAUAUUCGAUUGUUCCUUCUCGAUGGAUGUUUGGCAAAAGUACUGAUUAAUUGGACGUAUAAUUCCUUAUUCUUAUUUCACUAACUCUAAUCUAUCCGCCAUAUAUCUAUAACUUUUUGUUUGCUUUCUCUCCCCCCCCUUUACUGUCUUAACAUUUCUGGAUGCUAGGAGGGAUCGCUGGACCUUCGUUUGUUUAUUUGUUUUUUCAACGCGUCUUGCUUGGUUGGAACACUACUUUUUACGUUGAUUUCUUUUUUUUUGGCGAAAAAAACACUAAUACCAAUUCAUCGAUCGGGAUUUCGGACCUAUUUUUUCUCUCUCCUUUUUUUUUCGUUCCUCGAAUUUGACUUACAUCUUUACCCCGUCCGUAGUAUGUAUGGGUACCAGCAACGGUACAUUAAUUUCUUGUUCCGGCCUUGCUAGCUUGUUUCUCAGUGUCCACUGUCCAUGGCUCGCGUAGAAUUUAGAAUCCUCCGAAGUUCCAACCCACUGACUCCCUGCA